GGGCUUUGAGGAGGGAGAGGAAGCGCGCGGGGAGGGCGCGGGAUUCCAUUCACGAUCGCUUCCCAUGCCUCGGCAGUGGCUGGAAUCCUCGAUCGUCUCCCAGCGUUACGACCGCCGCGGCUCACAGGUGGAUUGUUUCAGGGUUUUGGGAGCGUGAGAGAUUGGGCAAUGGGGGAUCCCGAGCUCCAGGUGAAGUUUAAUGCCGGCUUGGCGGCGGCGAGGAGAGUGGCUGCGCUGAUUGUAGGGCAGCCAUUUUGCGCCUCGGAUUGCAUAAAGGCCGAGAAUCCACUAGAUGAUGUGAAGAUUUCUUUGAGGUCAGUCAGAGAAGUCCCCAGUAUCGGUGAGAGAAGUGAGAAUGGGCUGCUUGUCGAGGAGCAAGGAAAAGUUUGCGAAGAAGAUGAAUGCCAAGAAGAGAAAGUCUCACCGCAAGCACAAGUCAAGGAGGAAAUCCGGUGUGAAGAACAAGUCGAUGGAAACAGCUGCGAGAUCAUACGAGUAGAUGCGGAUGAAGAAAAGAGCUGCGAACUUGUAGAGAAGGAAGACAAAGCUUGCGAAGUCCAGCGCAGGGAAGAAGGAGAUGGCGGAGUUGAAAAGGACAGCUCGGAGGACGAGUGCGAUGGCGAUGGAUACAUGUCCGAGAGUUCCAGUGAGGGCUCAAAGUCUGACGAGGAAGUCACAAGGAUGAUCGAUUGGCUGGUGGAAAUUGAAAGUGAGUCCGCGGACGCUCAAGAACAUUUGGAAGACGAAAGUGUAAAGAAAGUGGAGGAGGAAGUCAGGCUGGAGUUGUCUGAAACACUCUCUGGACAAGAACUGGAUAUGGCAGUUUCUUGUGAAAUGGCGGACUACGUUUCCAUAUGGAAAAAAACGCUUUUGGAGCUUGAAGAGGAGAGUGCAAAGCUUCAGGACCGCCUUGAAGAUGCCGGUGUGUCUCUACCGGAUCUAUUCAAAGCUAUUGAAAAGCAGGCUGCUGAAGGGUGUAUGACGGACACUUGGAGAAACCGGGCUCACUGGGCUGGUACUCAGGCACCUGAAGAUUUUGCGGAAGUGCUUCAUUCUGCCGAGAAAGAUUUGGAUGCUCUGCGGCCGGUUAUAAGGCGCCGAGGCAAACUUGUAGAAGAAGGUGCAAGCGGUUUCCUGGAAAGAAAAGUGAACGACGUCGAUACUGUAAAGGGCUCCACUGGAUGGGAAGCUUUUGAUAGUGCAUUCCAGCCAAAACUGAGCGCAGUUAGCUUGUUCGAGUCAAAAAAAUGGGCUGCGGUUUACUCCGCCUCGACCCCGGAGCAAGCAGCGCGAUUGGGCUUAAAGUUCCCAGGCGUUGACAAGGUUGACGAUAUUGCGGACAUAGAUCAACAUGUUGGGAUGGAGGCGGCCGCUUUGGCCGAAGAGAGUGAGUUCGGUCUUACGGAGCAUCAGAAGAAGACUAUGAAGCGGGUUAGAGAAGAGGAUGAUGUGCGGCAGAUGCAGAAGAAAAUUGGUGCCAGACGUGUCAAUUGCGGGUUUGGAGGGGCAAUGGCAUCACAAGUGAAGUCAUCAACAAGUGACGUUAAUAUUAUAACCGAGCCUCCUGCAGUACUAUCCAGAUUGCAGCCCGAUACCAUUGAUCUGGGGACUGCAGGGGACCCGCAGAACACAGAUGAAUUGCGACUCGAAGACGAGCAACGUCAGAGUCAUGAGCGGCAAACAGGAACGGACCAGGCAAUCGCGGAUAACGUGACAACUAGGAAUCAGUCAUUUAUUAAUGGAACGCCGUCGCGCAGCGAGGAAAAAGUGAAGAAAGGUGUGGCUCCAGCCAGGGAAGGAAAGGAUCAUAUACGCAAUGCUAGCUCUUUUGGACGCCCAACCACAGAUGGAACGGAGCCUAUGCCCGUCUUCAUGGAACAGACCGUCAGAGAUAAUGAAACACAGGCAGAGGCAGUCGCAGAUGGAAGUCAAUGCCAUGACGAAGCAGUUGAGACUGAAGAAUUCAAGGUUCUUAAAAGAAGUAACAGUUUUAAAGCCAUUGGAGUGAGGACGAGCUCAGCGGGUGAUGAUGCUAAAAAGCCGACUCCUUCGAUGGUCAUUGUUGUCAGCGAUGAUGAUGACGACGAUCCACCUGCUGAUUGCGGUUCGACUGCACAACCGAGAACAGUAGACCAAGGCAAGGUGCCAAGUAAAGAUGUCACUGCGCUGGAUGAAACGACUUCUCCGUUAAAGCCUUUGAAACGAGUGACUGAACAUGGUUCUUCAUCCAGAUGCAAGAGAAAGCGUUGUUUCAUGGUUAACAGUAGUGAAGAUGAGGAAGAUGCGACCUCGGCCAAGAAGGAACAAUCGGGAUUGAAAAGUGAUCGUGAUGAGCAAGAGGAAAGAAACUCAGACAGCUGCGAUUUAAGUCAGAGUAAGCUGUCCGGGGAUACCAGGAGAAGGUUGACGAGAGGAAACAGGAGCUUCGGGUGCACAGUAUGCGGCGAGACAAUGUCGGCAAAAGACGUACUGUCGCAUCCCGUUCUGAAAGUUAUAAUUUGCACCUCCUGUAAGCAACAGUAUGAUGAUGGCCCGUUUCGGAAGGAUGAAGAUGGCUCGGAAGCAGAAUGUAGAUGGUGUGGUGAAGGUGGAAGUCUGAUUUGCUGCGAUAGCUGCGACAAGGUUUUUUGCGAGUCUUGCAUUGGGAGGAAUUUCGGACCUGCGUUUUUGGAAAGCAUAGAAGACAUAUCCUGGAAGUGCUACCUUUGCGAUCCAUCUCCUUUAGCAAGUUUGCAGCAGUGGCUGAAAGUAGCAGAAGAAGAAGCCUUAAAGGAAUCACUAGCUAACUUGGACGUGAGGCGUAAUCGUAAAAAACAACGAAAGAACAUUCGCAGGGUGCUGAGAGAUGACGAAUUGGACGAGGUUACGAAACAGAAGUUGGCACUUGAAAAGGAACGUCGAGAACGCCUAGCAGAAUGGUAUGCAGAAGCAAGAAAGGGGAAGUCUCUCUCUGGGAAAGCCGCCAACUCAGAGAAGGCUGUCGAAGGGACAGACGGAGACGAUCAUAUCUGUGAAGGUGAUUGCAAAACUGAGGGGUGCGUUAUCAACAUUGCUAGCAGGCAAACUGGUGAACCACUGGUUCGGAUUCCUGCAAGUAUAUCGAAGCAUUUAAAGCCACACCAGCUGUGUGGAGUCCGAUUUAUGUGGGACAACUGUAUUGAGUCUGUGGAGAAAGUCAAAUCCGGGGAUGUAGGUUUGGGCUGCAUACUUGCCCACAGCAUGGGACUUGGAAAAACGCUGCAGGUUAUCGCUUUCUUGUACACGGUAAUGAGAAACGUGGACUUGAACUUCAAAACCGUGUUGGUUGUGGUCCCCGUAAAUGUUUUGCAUAAUUGGAAGCGUGAAUUCGAGAAGUGGCGGCCUGCAGAAGUUGCGCCUCUGGAAGUGUCGAUGCUAGAUACUUCCAGGGAUAAUGCAACUAGAGCGAGCCUUCUGAAAUCCUGGAAGGAAAAGGGAGGUGUCAUGCUUAUUGGCUAUGCAGCAUUUCGGAAUCUUUCGACGGGAAGUCACGUGAAGGACAAGGAAACAAGAGAUACUCUAUGCAAGUGCCUGCAGGAUCCUGGCGCUGACAUAGUUGUUUGUGACGAGGGUCACACCAUUAAAAAUGACAAGGCGGACAUUACCAUAGCACUCCAGCGAGUGAAAUCUGGCCGCCGAAUAGCCAUGACAGGAUCUCCUCUACAAAACAAUCUGAUGGAGUACUAUUGUAUGGUUGACUUUGUGCGGCCUGGGUUUCUGGGUCCUCAAGCGAUCUUUCGUAACAAGGUCCAGAAUCCAAUAGCAAAUGGUCAACAUGCCGAUUCUACUCCGGACGAUGUAAAGAAGAUGAAACGGACAGUGCAUAUUCUGCAUAAACGUCUGAGCGGAUUCGUGCAACGACGGGACAUGACUGUCUUGAAAGAUGAACUCCCUCCAAAGUGCGUAUGGGUGAUCUCUGUCCGCCUGUCUCCCUUGCAGAAACAGCUAUACAAAAAGUUUUUGAGCUUAUGCGAAACUGGGAGGAGCAAACUCUUCGAUCACUACCAUGUUCUAGCCAAGAUAUGGAACCACCCGGAUUUGCUAGCUAUUGCAAAAGAGCAACGAUUGAACGAGGAGUUUAUUGUAGACUCGGAGAAAGAAGAUAGCGCCGAGAAUGGACAAGGAUGUCCAAAGCGGGCUUCCCCUGAGGCUGAUAGUUUCGAAUGGUGUGAAGAGAUUCUUAAAGAGUCAAAGCGGGAUGUUUUAGAAAACAGUGGAAAAAUGGUCCUGAUUAUGACACUGCUCUCACUGAACUCGUCGCGAGGCGAAAAGACUCUAGUAUUCAGCCAGAGUUUGCACACGCUCGAUUUGAUUGAAAACUUCUUGGAUACAAUUCCACUUGGAGGUAGCCAAGAUGUUUGGAACAAAGGGAGAGAAUGGCUAAGGCUCGAUGGCAACACAACUGCGAGUCGGAGGCAGCAGAUAGCGGACAUUUUCAACGAUCCUAACAACACAGCUAUUAAGUGUCUUCUAAUUUCUACCAAGGCUGGCUCGCUGGGUACUAAUAUGACCGGCGCUAACCGUGUCAUCAUAGUUGAUGGGUCCUGGAAUCCUACUCACGAUUUACAAGCUCUUUUUCGAGCAUGGAGAUAUGGGCAAACGAAGCCUGUGUUUGUCUAUCGAUUGCUGGCGUACGGGACUAUGGAAGAGAAAAUCUACAAUCGCCAAUUAACGAAGGAAGGCAUCGCUGCGAGGGUGCUUGACGCCCAUCAAGUUGGCAGGCAUUUAAACGCAGACGACCUGGAGCUUAUGUAUACUUUGGAUGACGAUGACGACGAGGAGGGAACUCAAUUGGCCGGAACCGAGCAGCAACAGCAGCCUGGUGCCAAGGGUCAGAAGCCCAAGCACAAAACGUUUUUUGUGCCCUCUGACGCCCCUCCACGAGAUGAUCACAUGGCGAUGCUUCUCUUGGACUUUAGGCCACAGUGGAUUGCGCAGUAUCACGAACACGAGCCCCUGUUAGAGGACUUGGAGGAGGAGAAACUGACACCAGAAGAGAUGAAGACGGCUUGGGACGGGUAUAUAAUUGAACACGAGCUGCAGAAUCGACAGAUACCAAGCCAAUCCCCGACGAACUAUCCACCACAGUCGCAAUAUCCAGCCAGCAGCACCGAUGUUCGUCCUCCUUUCACUGCGACUCCCUCCAAGGCAGCUUGCAACGACGUUUAUCACGCCAGCCUUUUGGAAUCACUGUCCAUUCCCGUUGGUGGUUCCGUGGCUUGUGGUAAGUGCCUGCAGAGAGUUCGAUGGGAAAAUCUCGGAAUUCCCGAUUUCAACAAGCAGCAGCAGCAGCAGCAGCAGCAGCAGCAGUAGCAGUAGCAGCAUCACCACUUACAAACGUACAUAUAACAUUUUUUCUCGUAAAACUUUUCGCGACUUUAGCUACAACCAACUUAAGUUUUCGACGCUUGUCGCAUGGAGGAGGUGACACGUAUGGUGACACGCGUUUGUACAGGAAAGCGGAGAUUAUAGCGAUGGGGAUUGACGAUGGUGCAACUGCUGAUGCUAACCGGCCACCACCCGCUACUAUUGCAGGCGCUUUGAAUUCGGCCUCUCAGUCGUUGGUGGGAUCCAAGCCUCUCGAGGCCAGUGAUGCUCGUGCCAUACAAAGCGCGGAAGCUCGAGCCACUGGAAUUCCGGCCGGCGUGAAAGGUGGUGUCGGAGCUGCUGCGCAGCAUGCAGUGGACAAAGGCGAGCCGGUUACAGUCGGAGACGUGCUUCGUACACCAAUUCCAACGGGUGGUGACAAGAUCGUCACGCAGGCUGAUGCUUCACGAGUUCAGAGCGCCGAGCAGCGAAACAAUCCCGACAGCGUCGUUUCUCCGGGUGGUGUCGCUGCGUCGAUGCAGUCGGCCGCGGAUCACAACAAGGCUGCAGGAUACGCUUGAAGGGAAAGAGAAGAGAAAAGAGUGCCUUCGUCUUUAGGGGCUUUGGGAGGGAUUCUUUCUUUUUCCUUUCCAUGGUAGGAAACAGGCAGAGCAGAGACGACCAUUGUCUGUGAGUAGCUGUUGGAAAUCCAGAGGGGAAGUUUUGGAAA